AUGGUUCCACAGGGUUUAACUACUGAGGAAGCCAAAAAAUUGUUACUGGAUCAUAUACGAGAUAAGACAUUAAGAUAUGAGAAAAAGAAUAAAAAAGGUUUAUCUAGUCACUUAUUCCACUUAAUAACCCCUGGGAAUAUAUCCUCUAUUGUCGCAUUAAUUUUAUUGGUCCCAGAAUUUAGGUUAAACUGGCAGAUGUUUGCUGGUAUAAUCCCCUGGUUCACGAUCAAUGUCAUAAUAGAAUCAGUCUUAUUCAAGACUGAAAUUCGCCGCAAAGCAGCAAGAUUAUAUGAGACUAUGAACGAAUUUGUCCAAUCAGUCGAGGAAAGGGAACAAAUUCACCAUGUGGAACUGGAACAACCUAAAUACUUAAUAGACCCUCCUAGUUCAACUUUGCUACCUAUACUUCGGGACGGGAAAUGGAUGAGAUUACCUCAAAAUUUAAUUGUGCCUGGAGAUGUUUUUAAGAUUCCUCAGGGCCACCCAUUACCUUGUGAAGUUGAGAAUUCUUAUGUUGAGACAGGAGAGUCAAAAUAUACAACCGCCUUACCUGAUAUUUUGGGCCAGGAUACCAAUAUUAAUUUGUUAUACAAUACAUGGACUAGCACAGGAUUCGGUUGUGACGCGCAAUUGGAUACAUUUUUGGAUUCAUUAGAUUCAAAAAUUGAUACUUCAACUUUUUUGGAUGACCAAAUUAAACAAAAUAAGUCUGAGAAGUGUUCAUAUAUUUCCAAAAACAAGGCAAUUUGGGAUAUCAGUGAUUCUAACAUUUUCAUACACAUUGGUUCCUGGAGCUUAUUUUACUUUGGAAUAACACUUGCCAUUAUCAUGUUUUUGAUCUCCUACUUUGCGUCUGGUGCCUUCCCAAGCUAUCCUACCUUGCGUUCCUAUACAAUAUCUGCUUAUGUCAUACUUUUAUGUAAUUCACCAAUAAAGGAUGCCCUUAGUAGAUGGAUAAAAGUCUGGGGUAAUGUUAAACUCCAGUCACUAUUCGAAUGGCACCAUGAGAGUCGUUUCAUGGGUGAAAUGGAUCCUGAAUCAUCACACAUUUCAACUUUCGAAUUGUCUAGUUCGGCAGAUUCCGUAGAUUCUGAUAUGGCCGCCUCUCAAAUUCCCUUGUUCAGACAGUUGAAGGAAUUAUUUUCGGUAUUUAUGCGAGGGUUUGACGGUCGUGAUUCACUACUAAAUACGCUGAGUUCUGUUACAUUAUUGUGCUUUGUGGAUCACAUUGGAAUUUUGUCUGAGGCUUCAAGCCAGCCUGUGGAAAUUGCCAUACCCUUUAAAUCUAGAACUUGGAAACACUCCCGUUGUCACUGUGAAAAAAAAUCCAACCAACUAAAAAGACUUUUCAGUGAAGAUAAAUCUACAACAACUGAAGCCACUGUCUCUAUCCAGUCUGACGCACAGCGAUCUAAUCCAAUAUACCAAACAGAUUUGUUGAUCCUAGAUGUACAUGAAUCCAAUAGUGGAGCACACCCUGGGAAUCAAUAUAUACGGUUUACCAGUGAUAAGGAAAAAGAAUCAGAACCUAUACUAAGACCAAUUUGUUUUGCCGCUUCUUUUACCCAAAUACCUAGGUAUAAAACCCCAUCGCUUCAUAUUCAACCAUCCAAGCUGGAAGACGUAUACCUUGGUUGUUUUGCCAACUCUUGCACUUUGGGCCCAUAUAAUGACUGCAAGUGCGGGUUGGCCGUGGGAAUGAUGUUGAGCAAAAAAUAUAUCCGCAAGUUUAGAAUAAUACGCACCAUUAUAGCAAUUGAUCAUAUGCCCCGCAAUGCAAAGCACUACGAUGGAGCUCUCGUUUUUUUCAUAGUAAAAUAUUUGAAGUGCAACACCUUUCAACUUUUUGUCAAGGGGAAGGUGUCAUUAUUGUUCGAUUUUAAGACGAAAAUGCAAUUCAUGACCAACGAUGAUGCAGUUUUUAACAUGAAUAUUUUGACUAGAGGCUUGAAGAGGAAGAUAAGAAAUCUCAGCAUACAAUGGAUUUCUUCAGGAAUGGAACCAAUAGCAUACGCCUAUAAACCAUUAUCACUAACGGAAUCUAACAUACUAAUCAACAAUUUACCUUCCACCAGUAUCUUUUGCAUCGCAUCCGCCAAUGAUAAAUUUAAAACAAUUGGGCUAACAGAGCCUAUGAGGCACUCCAGACCACACUUUAUUCAGUUAUGCAAAUAUGGAGACUUGGAUAUGAUUUUCACACAACACCCUUUACGAAAUGAAUGGAUAAACGCGUUUGAGAGCUUUAAUCUUACGUCUAAAAUACCCAUUAUAUUUGAUAGAGAAUUGAGAUCCCAGUCUGAUAAGAAGGGAAAUGAUUUCAGUGGAUAUAUACCAUUAGAGAAUUUGGGAUUGUUGUCAUCGUCGGUGAUUGGUAAGGAAGACGCUACCUCUAGGAGUAGUACCCCUUAUGAUGAAUUCACCAGGUCUUGGAACUCUGAGGAAACUGACGUAAUCAGAUCGGACCAUAACAAUAACAGCAAAUCGUCCAGUAUAGCCAAUUGCGAAGAAUCUAAGACUCCGCACUUUGAAGAGUCUAAUGAUUCUGAUUAUGAGUCUGAUAAAGCUGCACAAAAUGAUAUCAUUCCCCCCUUUAUAGGCGAUUUACUUUGUAAAUCGCUAGACAACCUUUGCUUUCUUGGCAUGUUUGCUACAAAGAUGCAGUGCCCUAAGGAAGUGCCUACAAGAAUACAGAAUUUGCAUGAGGCGGGCAUUAGGAUGGUAUACUUUUCCAAGGAAGACGAAAAGAGCACCAAGAAAUUAGGUAGCAUGUUGGGAUUAGAAACUAAUUGGAAUUGCAUGAUGUCACUUUCAGAAUCUAGGACAGCUACAUUAGUUAAUCGCGAUGGAAAUGUAGUACUCCCCAGUGGAAUCGAGAACAUUCGUAAGCAUAUAAAUGAGAUAGAUGAUAUACCACUGAAAGUUUCAUUGUUCUUCAAUUGCACAGUGAUGAACAUUGUACAGAUGAUGAAAAUUUUAAGGGAGAAUGGAGAGACUAUUAUGUGUGUUGGCAGUGGAUUGAGACCGUUCAAUUUUUUUAUUUUCCAUGCAGCAGAUAUAUCAUUAUCAAUUUCGUUGGGAUACCAUCCCGUUUGUAAAUUUUGCAAGGGAUUAAGAUGGCGUGGAAUAGCUAGAUCUCAUAUUUUCGAGCCUAUGUCUCCGGAAUUACAAUUGUCUUCUUCACUAACUAGUUUACCCUGUGCGUUAAAAACUGCACAUGUUCACAAAGUGGCAGACCCGUAUUUCGUCAUGGAAAUGUUGUUUGAGGUUUUCAAGGAGGCCAGAAGGUUAGAUAGCAACGUACAGCAGGCUGUUGGAUUUGCAACUACCAGUUUUGGGGGCAUUAUAUUGCUCUUUUUAUUCGAAAUUGCUCUUAGGUCACCUCCGUUACUCAGGUGUUCUAAUAUAUCUCUAAUUACUUGUUGUUACAUACCAUUAUUGUCUGCCAGUUUAAUGGCUAGUCCUUCAAGCUACGGUACUAUGGAGAGGAUGCCCAGCAGAAAUAUAGUUAACAAGCGCAAAAUACCCCUUUGGCCUAUAAAAACGAUCUGUCGUAUAAUACCAAAUAUGCUAAUUGUUUGUAUAUUCUUCAUGUACAGCUUAUGGGAUGUGCAAAAUAUAGCAAUACAGUCCAUCUCACAUGACAAUGCGGUAAAUAAAAUUGUGCCAUGCAAUUUUAUCAAAGGUAAAUGGGAAAAUGAAGUAGCAUCUAGUGCCUCUUGUAUCGACGAAAUUAAUCGGCGCUUGAAAAAUAGUGUCACCAACGCUGGUGAGAAUAUCGAUAUAUUUGCCAUAACUCAAGAAUUUACCUGCAUGUUUACGACAAUAUACAUCAUCCUCAGUUCACACUCAUGGGUCAGUCGUUAUGAAGGAAUAUUAUCAAUUGGUUUUUGUAGAAAUGUCAAAUGGUUAUUAGCAAGUUUGGGGAUCUUGCUAUUGCAAAGCUUGCUAGUGUAUUUUCGCAUUAGAAGUUACAAAAUAUUUUACAGCAAAUAUGCCAUUAUAAUUGCCUCGCUUUGGGCCCCGGUGUUGCUAUUGAUUGAAGAAAUUUUUAAGGCAAAGGAGAUUAUCGAUAAGAACGACGAGCAAAAGUAUCUUAGGUUGUUAUUCUCUACAAAGCUUGGAAUGUGGAGUCCCAAAUGA